AUGUCGCAACCUACUUAUGAUCCCAAGAACAUGAUCUUCCAGCGUCUGGGUGAGCAAAGGAUCGGCAUGGCCCAUAAGGUCUUGCUCAUCCACGACCGAGGCUCACGCUGGGAUAGACCCGUCCACACACACACACACACACACCCACAGGUGACUCUGGUCUGCGAGUGAGCAAGUUUUCCCUCGGCGGUUGGCUCACGUACGGGUGAGUGCGGAAGGAUGUCGACUGCACCACCACAUUGCCUCUGAUACUUCUCCCUUCCAUCGCCCACUGACAGAGGAACGGUCGACACGGCCAAGACCAAGGAGAUUCUCAAAGUCGCUUUUGAAAAUGGCAUCAGCACCUUUGAUACGGCAGAAGUGUACAGCGGUGGAGAGUGCGAGGGUGGGUGCAAUAGGAGGAGAGGUGAUGUUUGAGCUGUGAUGCUGCCGAAGCUGACUGUGCUCAGUGCACUCCAUGCUGUGCUCCCAGUCGCCAUGGGACAAGCGGUCAAGGAGCUCGGCUGGAGGAGAUCGGACGUUGUACUAAUCACCAAGGCGAGCACUGCAGAGCAGGUGGACUGGACUCUGGUGUGAGCUCUUCACUUACUCUUGUUCUGGUCGUAUGCCUGCAGAUCUUUUUUGGCACCGGAAGCAAGGAUCCCAACGGCAGAGGCCUGUCCAGAAAGCACUUGGUAAGUCUUUGUCAUCCGGCGCUCUUCGCAAGCAGGCCCCACUGCUCAUCAGCUCUGAAAUUACUUUGAUUGUCAGGUGGAAGGCACAGAUGCGUCGUUGGAGCGCGCUGGCCUCAAGUACUGGGAUGGUGAGUGUCGCAGAUGGGUUCAAUGGUGGUGAUGGUCGUGUCUAGGUACACAUGGUCGCGUCGUGCGCGACAUGAGCUAGACUAUCGUGAACGGCUUGACGCAUGUACACUCCAGCACGUCUGUUAACUGACCUUCUGACACCCUCUGUGCUCAUUCACAGUCAUAAUGGCACAUCGACCUGACGUCAGCGUUCCCAUGCACGAGAUUGUGCGAGGCUUCAACCACCUCAUCGAUACGGGAAGAUGCUUCUACUGGGGCACCAGCGAGUGGACAGCGCAACAAAUUGAGGAAGCGCAUGGCGUGGCGGACAAGUUGGGCUUGGUUCCUCCCGUGGCCGACCAAGCCAAGUAUUCUGCUCUGCAUCGCGAAAAGAUCGAAAAGGAGUAUGCCCCACUGUACAAAAAGUACGGCUAUGGUUUGACCACGUGGUCGCCGCUCGAGAGCGGUCUUUUGACCGGCAAGUAUAACGACAUUGCACAGGGCAACAUUCCCGAGGGUUCUCGCUACCAGACCAAGGUGCGUCAGGGCUGUACCGCGAUUGAGCCAAGAGCGAUCGCUAACGUUGCAAGUGGUUCGCAGGCGGACACCUUCACAGACACCAUUGCCAAGCUCAAGACUCCAGAGGGUCAGGCAAAGAUUGAAAAGGUCAAGGGAUUGACAAAGAUUGCCGAGUCUCUAGGCACCAGCGUCGCCACCUUGUCGCUCGCUUGGGCUGCCAGCAACCCGGUGAGUUCAGUCAAUUUUUCGUCGACACGGCGAAUGGAAGCUGAUUGUCUCAUUUGCACGCCUUUCCUCUCGUCAGAACGUUUCGACUGUCAUUCUUGGAGCCUCGAAGACUGAACAGGUGCUCGAGAACCUCAAGGCUCUCGACAUUCUGCCUAAGCUCACCCCUGAGGUGCACGAGCAGAUCGAAAAGGUACGCGUUCAUCGAGCACCGGGAAAGAAAUUUUAAAAGACACGAUUUCGCUCAUGAUCUCCUCUCUCCGUCUCCGAUUGCUGCCCCCGCAAACCUUAGGUGUUGGCCAACAAGCCAGAGCCGGAUGCUACAUACGGCCGCGCGUGAGUGUGCGUUGCUCAAAGAGGUGAGCAAUCCAUAAGGCGAAGCUGAGAGGCUGAAGGGGGUCGCGCUGAUCCGCCAUCCCUGAUCGCUAAUGUCGAACAGGCCCAGGGACACUUUGGCCAGGCGUCGUGCCCGCUUGUGA